AUGCUACUAGUGUGGUCAGCUCCCAACACGUUCUCCGCUGGUUUAAACCCGACACCGUGGGGCCCCCCUCCUGGUUAUAUGCCUUGGGGUAUGAACCCAUCAGCCCCUCCGCCGUGGUCCGUUCAUUACCCUGGUUACUAUCCCUCAGAGCAUGCUUCACUAUCGGGUUGGCCCCCUCUGGGAUUUCCUAUGAUGCCGCAACACAACUGCGCCUCCUGUCAUAAUUGCGCCUCUUGUGGUCGUCCUUCAACGUCGACUGGAGAAGGGAACUCGUCUCAGCAUCCUUCUGCACCGAUAGCGCCAUCAUUAUUAGGUCGUCUCCGAUCGCCAUCCGCGGUAGACUCGCUUCGCAUCGAACCAGUUCCCUUAGCGCAACGAUUACGGGAUCCAACGCCUUUAGUUGAGCAUUUACAACCACCUGCCGCUUCCUUAAUGCAGCGAAUUCAAGGGCCACCUAUGGAAUUCGUUCAAGGGUCCUCUUCCGGGCCUCUACAAAGCAUUCCGCCAGUACCACUGCAACAACGGCUGGCUGUGAACUUGGAAGACGGGGAAGACGAUUUUCCAGAGGAGGAUAGGCCCACACCCACUAGUCGUGCACGAAGGAGUCGUAGAUCAGGCAGGAAGCAGCAUGAGGAGGACCAGCGAAGGAUCGAGGAAGGCAAGAAACCGGCAGGAAAGGGCAAGAGGAGGGAUCGGCGACGUGAUCAGCGUCCUAUGUCCACUGCUGGUAAGACCAAAGGGAUACGAGAGCCCGUCCUCUGGCUACUACGGUACUACGAGACUCCAUCGCACGAAGUCCCCGCACGCACUGAGGUUUCACAGCAGAUCUCAAGUGAGGGAUACAGGAUCGGAAUUAUGAAAAUGUGCUCGAAACAAGACCUUCCAGUGCUGAUGGAUUUACUGGAGAUCAUGUAUGACGAUCAGUUCAAUCAUCACUCAACCAACUUGCGCCCACUAGCGAUCAAGACCUGGCGUCUACGUGCAAGAACACUUGCACACAAGAAAGCUAUUUGUCUCGUUUUGAUGAGGUCUCGCUCGCCAGCGUCGAGUCAAUUCAACCCAAGCUCAUACGCCAUUCGUCAAAUUCAGUUUAUCUGUCGGCAGUCCACGCCAGCUAGUACUAUCUACUUCCAGGCUGAUUUGUGGAGUAAUGCGGGCGCUGCGCUUAUCUUCGUUCCAAAUUUAUCACUCGGAGAUAUCAUAUUCCGGCUUGGCAUGCAACCGUUGGGAUCAUCACACCCUCGCCUUGCUAAACCAUUUGCAACGAUGUCUCUCCCCAAUGGACUGUACAAUUUGAGAGCAAUUCCCUUUGCCCAAGUGUAUGCCACCGACAACGGCCGCAACGAAAUUGUUACUGUCGCCGAGAGAAACCCGUCGACCGUUGAGAGGCAAAUUGCAAAAGGCAAGCAAGGUGUAUACCAUAUCUCCGUCCACACGUUUGCAGGGCGUGCAGGUUGGGCUUUGAAGGACGAUUCCAGCGUCCCCCAAGGCCCCAUCAUUUCUGGAGAACACAUUGCCGAAUGGCAUAUCGAAUCUCUGGAAAAUGGCCGUCCUUUUGCCCACACCAUUCGAGCAGUUACCAAGGCCGUUGGCGCCGCCUAUUAUGCUGCUACUAACGAGGGCCAAGUCGUUAUCAAGGCAUUGCCCCUAACUGACAAGGAGGUACCGUACUGGCAAAUUCAACCGCCUCCGAUUGUGUAG